AUGGGCGUGGAAGCCAAAAGAGCCCUGAUGAAGGCCCCUCCACUGACAUGUCCCCUGAUGGAGGAGGACUGGCGAUGCCAGUCCAUGGGCUGUAAGGAAAGCCGGGCAGGCGGCGCCUUCCUUUCCCUGCCAGACCGAGUCUCCUUUGAUUCUCUUCCUCCUUCCUUCCAGUUGAAGAUCCUGCAUAGCCCCGAGGAGGAGCUGGGGGGUCCUGCUGGCCGGGCCCCACCUCAGGGCUUCCACUGCGUCUUGGUGAUGGCCAUUUUGGGAACCCUGCUGGUGGCCGCCCUCCUGAUCUAUACCUUCCUCCUUCCCUUCCACGGUUCGGCCCAGGGAGAGAAUGUGACGGCUGCCCCCUACCUGGACGACCUGUGCAAUGACCCCUGCAGGAUCGUGCUGGUGGAAAGCAUCCCCGAAGGGCUGGUGUACGAGGAUAACAGCACCGCCAGUCCCUCCACCUUCGAGGCCUGGUGGAAACUUCUGGCUGAUGCUAGAAGCACUGUGGACAUUGCAGCUUUCUACUGGACCCUCCAAAACAAAGACACACACACCCAGGAUCCCUCAGCCAGCCAGGGGGAAGAAGUCCUGGCAGAGCUGCUGAAGCUGACCAAGAGAGGCAUCGCCACGCGGAUCGCGGUCAACCCUCCUUCCUCCAGGCUGCCCAGCACGGACCUCUGGGUGCUGGAAGAGAGCGGGGCACAGAUUCGCAAAGUGGACCUGCCGAAGCUGACAUCUGGAGUCCUUCACACCAAAUUCUGGAUCGUGGACCAGACACAUGUCUACCUUGGGAGUGCAAACAUGGACUGGCGAGCCCUCACCCAGGUGAAGGAGCUGGGUGUGGCCGUCUACAACUGCAGCUGCCUGGCCCGGGACUUGGGAAAGCUGUUUGAGGCGUACUGGGCCCUGGGGCUGCCAAACGCCACCAUCCCCUCGCCCUGGCCCGCCAACUUCUCCACCCCCUACAGCAAGGACACCCCCCUUGGCCUGAAGCUGAACGGCACUGAUGCUGGGGUGUAUCUUUCGAGCUCCCCCCCAGCCCUGUGUGCCACAGGGCGGACCAGAGACCUUGAGGCUGUUCUGAGCGUCAUCGAUGGGGCUCGGGAGUUUGUCUACAUAGCUGUGAUGAGCUACUUGCCCACCAUGGAGUUCUCACACCCCAGGAGGUUCUGGCCAGUGAUAGAUGACCACCUGCGGAAGGUGGCCUACGAGAGGAGAGUCCGUGUCCGCCUCCUGGUUGGCUGCUGGAAGCACUCCAAGGCCACUAUGUUUCCGUUCCUGCGGUCACUGGCAGCCAUGCAGGACAAUCGAACCCGCUACAGCAUCGAAGUGAGGCUCUUUGUGGUCCCAGCAAAUGAGACGCAAGUCAAGAUCCCUUAUGCCCGGGUGAACCACAACAAGUACAUGGUGUCAGACCAAGUGGCAUAUAUUGGCACGUCCAACUGGUCUGGGGACUACUUCCUCCACACGGCCGGGUCUGCUCUGGUGGUCAAUCAGAGUCAGGUGGAGGCCGGGGACCAGCCGACUGUCCGCGAUCAGCUGGAGGCUGUGUUUGAACGGGACUGGAACUCGCGCUACAGCCGGGAACUGAGCUUGCUGGGCCAGUCAGAUGAUCUCUGUGGGGGCCACUGA